UUGGAAGCUGAGGGAUUUUCACCCCCCAUUGCUCCCCUCCCUCUGCACCCCCAUUAUUCUCCCCUUCACACUGGGACUGGGGAUCCCCGCGCUGGUGCUGUUAAAUGGUGAGGGGGAGUGACCAGGAUCCAGAGAAUGGUAAAUAACGCUGAAGACCCCUGAGAGGCUUUCUGACUUGCCCUCCUCAUGUAAAGUAUGCUCAGAACCUUUCCAGUAGUGCUGCUGGAAACCAUGUCUCACUACACAGAUGAACCCAGAUUUACUAUAGAGCAGAUAGAUCUGCUUCAGCGCCUGAGACGUACUGGAAUGACCAGACACGAAAUCCUCCACGCCUUGGAAACCUUGGACCGUCUCGAUCAAGAGCAUAGUGACAAGUUUGGAAGACGGUCUAGCUAUGGAGGCGGUUCCUAUGGCAACAGUACCAACAAUGUCCCAGCAUCUUCCUCUACAGCCACAGCUUCUACACAGACUCAGCAUUCUGGGAUGUCCCCAUCACCUAGCAACAGUUACGACACCUCCCCACAGCCUUGCACUACUAAUCAGAAUGGGAGGGAGAGUAACGAGAGGUUGUCAGCAUUCAAUGGGAAGAUGUCACCCACUCGCUAUCCACUUGCAAACAGCUUGGCUCAAAGGUCGUACAGUUUUGAAGCCUCUGAAGAGGACUUGGACGUAGAUGACAAAGUGGAAGAAUUGAUGAGGAGGGACAGCAGCGUGAUAAAGGAGGAAAUCAAAGCCUUUCUUGCCAAUCGGAGGAUUUCCCAAGCAGUUGUUGCACAGGUAACAGGUAUCAGCCAGAGCCGGAUCUCUCAUUGGCUGUUGCAGCAGGGGUCAGACCUGAGUGAACAAAAGAAAAGGGCAUUUUACAGAUGGUACCAGCUUGAGAAGACGAACCCUGGGGCUACGUUAAGUAUGAGACCUGCUCCAAUCCCAGUAGAAGAGCCAGAAUGGAGACAGACACCUCCCCCAGUCACAGCUACCUCUGGGACCUUCAGACUACGGCGAGGCAGUCGGUUCACAUGGAGAAAGGAGUGCCUGGCAGUUAUGGAAAGUUACUUCAAUGAGAAUCAAUAUCCUGAUGAGGCAAAGAGAGAAGAAAUUGCAAAUGCCUGUAAUGCAGUUAUACAAAAGCCAGGCAAAAAGUUGUCAGAUUUGGAGCGAGUUACCUCCCUUAAAGUGUACAACUGGUUUGCCAACAGGAGAAAGGAAAUCAAGAGAAGAGCCAAUAUCGAAGCAGCAAUCCUGGAGAGCCAUGGCAUAGAUGUACAGAGUCCCGGAGGCCAUUCUAAUAGCGACGACGUCGAUGGGAAUGACUAUUCAGAGCAGGACACUUGGCAAGUACGCAAUGGGGAGGAGGAGGGAAGAUGUUCAGAGGGAGGCAGAGAAGCAGAGAAGGUAGAAGAAGACAGGAGGAUCUGCUCCAAACAAGAUGACAGCACUAGCCAUAGUGACCACCAAGAUCCCAUUUCAUUAGCCGUGGAAAUGGCAGCAGUAAACCACACCAUCUUGGCAUUGGCCCGGCAAGGAACCAACGAAAUCAAGACAGAGGCCCUAGACGACGACUGAUACAAAGAAGGGGGAGGGUCAAAGAAAGAAGUAACUUAGUUUUAGACGUAGCACCUUAGCCUUUCCUCGGUCCUUAAUAUGUGUUCUUCUUACAGUAUAACUUUGCAGUUUCUUGUACGUCAGUUAGCUGUUAGGGUCUUGUUCUGUGAAGAUGGCAUGGUGCCCUCAGCCUUUGCAUAUACUCUCUCAGUAUUAAUUCCCAGUAAAUAAUCAGUCAACCAACCAACCUCCCUCUCCCAGCCCCUGUGGCUCGAAAAUCUUGCUGCUUUGUCUUAGCAUUCCAAGAAAGUGCUUCCAGGUAUUUUAGAGAGUCCUCAGUUCCAAGUCUUAGGCUACAUUUCAAAUCUUGGAUACCCUUAGACAUCAUGUAAAACUAGUCUGUACGCUUUUCCUUCUCCAAGACUGAAAGGAUGGAAGCUGAGGUAGAGGCACAGGGUCGAUGGACACCAUAUUGAGAGUAUCAACAGAGAGUAAAAAGAACACUAGAAACCCCACUUCAGCAUGGGAAUAAGUGAUUUCCAGCUGCAAUAAGCCAUGCCUCACUGGUCACACAGUGACUUGAUAUACUUCUUUUGGGUGCUGCACUGAGAAUAUCCAUGGGAAACAUAUUCACACAUUUCGGUUGAUGCUCACAUAUUCAACACAGACAUCCUCUACUCUCACAAGCUGCAUGGCUUAGUGGAUAAAAUACUGCCUUCUGCCUCUGGGACCAUGAUAGAAGCCCAGCCUGGGAUCACAUGAAAAAUGAGCUGAAUGUCUAAUGGACGGCAGUCCACUUCUCAAAACCACUAUUCAUUAUUUGGCACGUCUAGCAGUGCCUGCUCCGAAGAGGUCUAGACUCAAUCAAUCUCUCAUAGAAGUUGCGUUACCUUUUGUUCUUCCUCUCACCUUUUCCCCCUCCAGCCCCUCUCAAAAGCAAUGUUUUCAAAAAAGGGAUUAAGAUAAUAAAUGGGUGAGUUUGUACAAGUCUGUGUAACUACUGCCUGCAAUCCUAACAGGCCUGAAAGGUAAUUGGAGGACUUUGAUAUCUAGUUUCUGCUAGUUAUCAACAUGGCAUCAAUAUGCACCCAAAUAUGAACACUUCUUAAAAAGCAGGAAGAUCUCCUCCUUGAGAUAUAGGGUGUAAUGCUGUUGUGUUCUCUUUACUCUGUCCUUGUUAUGGUGUAAGAGAGCUGUACUGCUACAGACAAUUUAAUUAAUAAUGGGAAGCCAUAUUGAUAAUGGAUGUGGUAAUAUUUGUAAAGCAAACCUACCUUAAGUAGCAGAAACUAAUGAAAUUGCUUUUCCUUGAUCACAUGUAGCACUUUUGUUACUUUUUUCUUAAAGAUAUUUAUAUUUGAUAAAUCUUUUUUUUAAUCAUUUGAGAAUUCAAAAUACCAAACGACGAACUUGCGUUACAGAGUCACCCUGUGAUCACCUUGUCAUCUAGUAUCUAAAUGAUGAACUGUGUAUGCAUCUAAGAAAAUUACAUCUGCUGGCAUUGUGUGGAAGUGAUCUCUGGCAUCCUGAUAAAAGUGAUAUGUCGCUGCCGGUAAGAGGAAGCUGUUCACUGGAAGCAGCACGGAAUGCGUUAGAGACGGGCUAGGCUGCAUUAUAUCUUUGAAAAAAUUAAUGCAUUUACAUAGCAUUUUCACUGCAUUCCAUUUUAUCUUCCCUGCUGUAUGGAAAUAGUUUCAGAGGGAGGGUGGCUUAGUUUUGAAGCAUGGCUUUCCUUUGUCUUUUAUUCAUUUUUAAAGGUGAAGGGAAGUUACUAUGACUUGUUUCGGUUUUAUUCCUUCCCAUCUCCUCCUCCCCCAGCUUUGCAGGAUGUUUGCAACUUGAAACCAUCAGAUAUAAUUGCCAGCACUUAGAAAAAGAAAGAAAGAAAGAGAGAAAAAAAGACACAAUUGUGGCACAUCAGCAGGUUUUUAGCCAGCCUUAAACUCCCUGAAGGUAAAGACUAACUAGAUCAUGUUUAUGUCUGCUAAUCUGCUGAAAGCUGUUUAGGUAGAUGUGGGAGAUUCUGUGCUUACAGAGGGCACAGAGUUGGCACCUCUUUGCCCCUGUGACUUUGAAGAUAUAUAGGCAGGGCUUGGCCCUGUCAUUCAUUUAUGGAUUUCAUUGGAAAAUGUAUGUGCUUUCUUUAGCAGUAGAUCACUGAAGCAGAAUGGAGCUGUCUUUUUCUGUUUUGUUGUAUUUCUUGAAUAGGCAAAUUCAUGAAUAGCGUCAGGAUAGACUCAGGAAAGAACAAAAUUGGUUCAGUCACAUUGCAGUGUUCUUUCUCUGUGUGUGUGUGUGUGUGUGUGUGUGUGUGUGUGUGUGUCUCUCUCUCUCUCUCUCUCUCUCUCUCUCUCUCUCUCUCUCGGUACUAGCAAGCAAAAGGGUGCGGGGGAGGGAUGUUUUUGCACCGCAGGAUAAUCAUCAAGCAAACUGUAGCUUCAGUGGAAUUUUACCUACUUAUUCAUACUACAGUCACACACACAGCUGACAAGAAACCACCGCGAUUUAUUGCAAGGAGAUUUUAAUAAUCAGUGACCUCUUUAUGCUGGUUUGCCAUCAGAGUUUGUUCUAGCUGUUCCAUUUUAAAGAAUCGAAUCAAAUUGAUAGACAGCUGCACCUACAAAAUAAAUAUUGCUUACAUUUUUACCUUAAAAGUCAUUUUUUGAAACAAACAUCUAUUCAGAGAAUGAAGGAAGAAUAACACCAAUACAGUAAAGGCCAGAUCCUGAUCUCUGCUGCACUGGUGUAAAUUUGAAAUAACUCCACUAAAAAGAAUGGAUUUAAACCACUGUAUAGGAGAGAAUCUGGCCUUCACUCUGUCUAGCACAGUCUUACAGCUCCUGUGUUCCAUAACACAUCACAAAGAAUAAGCAGAUGAACAACUUAUGUAUAAUUAGCGAUCAAUGGCUCUUCUGUCCUAAGUUGCAGCUUGCUGGUAAGCAGCAGCCUUCGCCCCACCAGAGGAAGAUCAUAGGCUGAUUCAGUAAGUAAGAAAUGCCUUAAGCGAGCCAUGUGCUACAUAGUUCUGUUCAUCUCCCUUCAUCUGCAUUCUGUUUGAUCUCUGGACGGCCCCCAGAAGAUAUGAUCAAGGAAUAUGACCUUAGCCAUCCUCAAUAUCCUGAUGACACUGAGCUCUCUGACUCCCUCCUUAGCCCGCCAUGGACUGUUUCUUGAUUGACAGACACUUGUUUCGAUGAGGAGUAGCCAAUCUAGGCUCUCAUUAGAUAACUCCUGGCUACCGCGUUAAGGGAAACCUUUUCAAGACAUUUUGGAACGGCUUCUGCAGCCUUGUCAUUCAGGGCAAGGACAAUGCUGGUGAGACAACACUGGAAAUUAAGGUUUUCUCUGGGUCACUCCCUCAACAAGCUGAGCCAGUCCUGAGGCUAUUUUCAUCUCUGCAUUUUCUGCCAAAUCAGGUUUUUCUGUGCAGUGCUGCAGUUCAGACCUUGUUACGGACAUUCAUACCUUCAUCACCUUCAGGCUAAAUUACUAUGCAGCACUCCCACUUGGGUUCUACUCGAAACUGAUCUGAAAGCCGAAUUGGUUACAGGAUGGUUACCGACUCCUUCCAUGGAUGCAGUGUGAAGAAUCGAUCAUUCCUUCCUUUCAGGCAGCUGUUAACACCAACAAAUUCAAUCCAGAUUAUCUCAUGGUUCAUAAUACUUUAGCCAGCGUUUUUUGCCAUCCUCCAGAGCAGGAGAGGUUGGCUGGGUUGUCCUUGGUGUCUAUCCCUAGAUAUUAUUGGAGCUUGUGGGAGUGCAGUGCAGUACAGGGCUUCAUCCACGGAGUUCCCCUCUCUGAGGACAUUCCCCAGAGUUUUCCUGUGGCUGGCUCCUGACUCUGCAUCAGGCAUUUCUCCUCCGAUUUGUUCAUCUUUGGCUAUUUCAUUGCUCCCCUUUUCUUUAACUCCUCUUUUUCUUUGCUCAUGUAGUUGGGACCGUGUCUUUUUCUGGAUUGUUAUGUGUAAAAUAUUCAUUUACAUUUGGUACCGAUGUCCAAAUAUUUUGCAACAGAUGCCUUAGAUAAUAAGUUAACACAGCGGCAGACGGACAGCAUUUUUCUUCGAUGCCCUGGUGAUGCAGAGACGUCUUUGAAGUACUUGGAGGUGUUACAACAGUUUCACUGCUCCAAUAAAUGUGUUCUUACCAAGAAGGGAGUUUCUAACUUUGACCCAUGUUUUCUAGCAACACUAUGUUGACCUAGCAUGAUUUUGAGUGGCGUUUGUUUGUGUUUUAUUUUUACCUACUUAAAAUAUUCUCCUAUAAGAGAUGGGCCUCGUCUGCAAAGUCUGGAUCCAGCUUUCCAAAACUGUGGGGUAUUUAUAUUCAUAGUUUUGGUUCAGACCUAUCUGUAAUAUAACUUGUAGCGAUGACCUAUUAUGCUUAUGUGAGUCUUCAUUGAAUUUUUCAAUAACUCUAUUGUAUUCCAUUGACUAUAGUGGAUUUUAAUGCAUCGAUGUUUUCAUAACACCCAGGCUAUUUAUGUAGGUGGAUGGAUGGUUUUUGAGAAGGGUUUUAGCAUAUAUUGACUGGACUUUCUACCAUCUCGCUAUUGUGGCUGGGAAUCUUUUAGGUUUGGCAUAGCUAAUGAGAUUAUAAGUAUCACUUUUGUAUGCAGGCUGGCAAGAUUUUUGCUAUUUUACUCCUCAUGUAAAGCUAGUAAAAUCAUAGGAUAUGUCUACUCUGUAAGCCCAGGAUUCAAAUUCAGGCUCAAGCCAUACCCUCCUUCCGUCUACAUACACAUCACUCUAAUCCAGAGUUCGGACCCACGACUCUAUGGUGGUGGGGGGUCCUAGCCUGAGUCAAACUGAGACUGAGGGCGUCAAGCCCGAUUGCUUUGUAGUGUAGCUGCAGUCCCACUGGAUUUGUGCUCUGGGAGUCUGAGAAAAGUAUCCCACCAUCCCACAGGCCAACUUUUUGUCCUCUGGACAGUCAAGUUUGGUGAAUAAUCAUGUUUUCCCACACUGCACCCAAACAAAGGACGAGAGCAGACACAUUAUGGGAGGGCAGUAGGAAGUCUGGGAUAUGGGUGAUUGGACUCGGGCCCACAUAAUACAGUGUAGACACUGAAGCGCCAGGUUAGGACUCAGGGUUCAACAAUUCCUAAUCUUGGGUUACAAAUGAGCAUAGCUGCUCAAACCCAAGCCCUGAGUUUACUUUGCAAUGUAGGCAUACUCCCAGCAGUGUGGCAGUUUUAUAGAAGUAGAAUGGCAUAUGGUCAGCUCGUAUCUGAACUGGUCAAAAUCUUUUUGUCUUGCUGUCUUAACGGGACAUCAAGAUUUCACUAAUAUUUUAUGCUUCAGUACUCUUCUAUCAUCAUUCUGACUUACCUCGUGCAAUCAAAUUAGUCUUGUCACACAGAGCUAUCUGGUAAUUGUAGCAGGAUUCCACUGGCUGGCUGGGUACAGUCACAGAAUCAUAGAAAUCUAGGGCUGGAAGGGAUCUUUAGAAUCCCUUGCCCCAUACGGAGGCAGUACCCAAGUAUACCUCGACCACCCUGAAAGGUGUUUCUCUCACCUGUUUUUAAAAACCUCCAGUGACUGAGAUUCCACAGCCUCCCUUGGUAACCUGUUUCAGUAUAUAACUAUCCUUACAGCAGGAAAGAUUUUCCUAAUAUCUAACCUAACUCUCCUUUGCUACAGAUUAAGCCCAUUACUUCUUGUCCUGCCUUCACUGGACAUGGCAAAACUUGAAGACUGUUUUCCGGUCCCCACUCAGACGACUUUUCUCAUGACUAGAUGGGCACAUUUUUUAAAUCUUUCCUCAGAGAUCAGGUUUUCUGAACCUCUUGUUAUUUUUGUUGCUGUAUUCUAGAUCUCUCCAGUUUGUCCACAUCAUUCUUAAAGCGUCUUUUAUUGUACACAUGGGUCUGACUUGCAAAAUCGGUGUGUGGAUUUUGAAUGCAUAAAAUCGCAACACUGCCCCUAACUAUUUAAUCCAGGAUUUUGAUUCCCCUUGUAGCUUGAAUUGAGAACAAGUGUAGAUUCCCAUCUUUGUCCCUUAACUUCAGAAGUAUUUGUGUCCAAGAUCUGGUUUGAGUCUCUUAAGUUAUAUUAGGUUUGAACACCAGGAACUGGUCACUAUGACGGUAUUUGCCCUGGUGGGUUUUGAAUGGAGGAAAAUGCCCCAUCUAAUUUCCUCAUGUCAGUUCAUUUCUGAUGGUUGUGAUGUCUUUUAGAAAGUACGUUUCUUUCCCCUAACCAGGACAUUGUGAAUUUAGUAUUGCUUAUUAUUCAUCAGCUAAGUAAUUUAUCUCUUCCUUCAGGUCACAGUUUGUGAGAUUAUGACCAAGGAACUUUGGGUUUCUCGUCAGAAAAAACUCCCUUGCUCAUAUUUAGUAAAGGGCUUUCCAGUAGCUGUUGCAAUUUUUUUUCAGUGCAAUUUUUUUCAUUAACAAUAUUGUUUGCUUACAAUCUUCACACAUUUUUAGGUAAUAAUUUUUUUAUUUGCUUUAGCAAUUUUGCUCUUGACGUGGGUCUGUGUUGAAAAAUGAGUUGUAUGUCACAACCAAAAUGUAUUCAUUAUUGUGGAUAUAGGACUUUUUCUGUUGUUUAAUGCCCUCCUGCUGAAUUCAUUGGGGCUACGUAGACACCAGCUAACUUUUGCAGUUUUACUGAGCCAAGACAUACUCCUCAUCAUUCCCUUGAACGGAAGGCGAGUGCACUGAUCAGGAGUACCAAGGAGCUGGGUUGCAGAGUAUUUCCAAAUAAGGCAUUCCUUUCUGUGCUUUUUUUAAUAGCUAGGAUAUUUACUCAGAAUUUUGAAUCAGUUGUUGGCCAACACAGAUUUGGCAAACUGAAAAGCAUGACUGGAAACCCCUGUCUCUUAGUUUCAUUUAGCAUUGUCUAAUUUACAGUAGCUAAAUUGUCCAAUUAAAGAUUUCCAUGUUAAUGAAAAAAGAGGUGGCUGCUACAAAUUAGAAUUUCAGAUAAACCAAAUUUAUUUUUCUCUCUUGAGAGAAAUGCAGUAGAGGAUUGAAUUUGGUCACCUAAGGACUUUAAGCAGAUGUGACAGUGUUUUAAACGUGUUGUUCUACACAGCAAAAAAAAGGUAUUAUCAAUGGGGUUAUAGUCCUUCAACAUCGUCUUUAUCAUCCUCUUGUGUGAAAUACAUGUUGUACUCUAAUUUGUGUUAAUGAGGAAAAAUAACCAAAUAUAUUUGGUUUCUUCAGGAUUUGUCUUAUCCAGUCUAACUAGAAUGUUCUUAGAGUGCUCAUUGCUAUAGUAUCUAAGGGCUGAAUCAUGCUGACAAAUUGAGAAGUGGCUUUAGAGAGAAAUAUGGCUAUUCUCUUUUGUGCCUCUUUUCAAGUUUGGCAGUUGAGUUUGUUUUCAUCCGUCUGAACAAUAAUAAUCCAUGGAUAAUACACAGCUUUUCUCUCUGCAGUUCUUUCCAGUAAUCAUUGAAGCACUCAGGCCAGGGGUUUAGAUGCUACAAGUAGGUGUGAGUGCGUUAAUGCCAUUGAGCCCUCGUGAGCUGUAUAAUGGAUCUUUGAUGUUUUUGUACAUAUAGUACAUCUACUGAGAUGAUCUGGCAAAAUGCUCUCUCUUCCAUUUUCAUUCUCUCUCUUUUUAAUGUAAGCUGGUGUACUCUGUUGUAAUUCACUCUCAAAUUCAUACCGAUGUGUUGUGAUCAGAUGAAGGUUCUGUUCAAUCUUUUCAAACUGUAGCUAUGGUAAUUGGGUGGGUAGAAUGAAUACAUAAAAGUGUAAUGGCAGUUUUGAAUGACUGGGUGUCCACCUGACAUGUAAUUAGCUGCUUCAGGAAGAUGUAGAUUGGCAUGGUUGUAAUUAAAAGGAUUUCUGUCCUUGUACGUGAUUGAAAACAGCAGCUCUUCCAUUCCCUAAUUUCCUUUAGUACCAAUGCGCUCAACAAUGUUUGGAACAGCUACUCAGUAACAGGGCCGGCUCUAGGGUUUUUGGCGCCCUAAGCAGCAAAAAAAGCAAACCGCAAUCGUGAUCAGCUCUA